AUGCCGAAACGCGAGAAGGAAAAGAAGUCGGCGGUCAACACCGCCAUCUUGUCAAACCUCGCGGAGGAGGAGCGUGCGAUAGUGGUGUACUUGGUCGGUUGCCAGGAAAUCGACACGGCACAGGAUCUAAUGGUGCUAGUGAAAGUCAACAAUGAACAACACUGCAUAAGUCUGCGCGAUGCCGUUAAAGAGGCGCAGGCGGGUGCAUCAACCUCUGGAGAUCCGCCGACGGCCUUCCUGCCGCAGCUGCUACCGCUGUCUCAGCAGGUAGUGCAGGCGGGAGGCUCGGCAGCCUGUGACACGCUGGUUAACUGCCGCGAGGCCCAUCGCAUCGAAGUCUACAGCUUACCGAAUGUGCCGGGGGGUGGGGAGGCCAAUGCGGGUCGACGAGGGAGUCGAGUGGGAGAGAAGAGGCCGAAGGCUGCGGCAGGCGCUGCCAGCGGGAAAGGGAAAGGUCACGCUGCGGGGUCGGGCGGUCACGUUGCCCCUCCUGAAGGCGCGCACUGUAUCGGCGGCGCCUCCCUCUCGCUCAUCCCCCUGCUCACCAGCACUUCGAUGGACGCCAUCGUUCCGCUGUCUGCCCCAAGCGUUGUCGUUGCUGCGCUGCGAUUCCGCGUGUGCUGCCGGGAUGCACCGCUGCUCACUCCGGAAGGCGUGCUGCAGUGCCGACCCGUGGUGCUGCGGGUGGGCGGCGUGCAGGGGCUUCCAUCGACGCCAACGGGCAGCGAAUCCGUGACGAAGGACGGCGCUGCAAUGAGCACCGUCGCCUCGUCUCGUGUUCUGCGAGCGCGCGUGCAGCUGGGCGAUGCGUGUGUCUUGACUCAUGCCUUGUCCGUUGCUAUGCCUUCCCCCUCUACUCCUACUACUGCUACUACCGCCACUUUAGUACCGCCUCGCCGGCCAUCCCUAGAAGCCCAAUCCCUCUCCACCCUCGCCAAGGCGGAAGCCCCGUUCGAUUACCAUGAACACGUGCUCUUUCUCGGCACAAUGGGAAGUCCGUUGGAGGUCUACCGACAGCUGUACUCCACGCCGUGCACGGUGUCGCUCUGGCAGUCCUUCAACACGAGUUCAGCAGAGGAGGCGGCGACGUCGCCGGUGAAGGAGCAGACGAAGAAAGGCAGGUCGGAGACGUUGCUCGGAAGCGGCGGCUUCUCGGUGCGCGAUUUUCUCUCGGACGACCAGUUGCGGUUCUCAGAGUCGGUGCAGCUGCUGCCCGAUCGAACCACGGUGACUCUCGCUGGCGGCCAGACGUGCAUGACGGCUGCAAGCACGAUAGAGGUGGCCCUGGAUUUCCUCCGGCCCUUCCCACCGCUUCAGCACGUGGACCAGACCGGCGCGUUGCUCCGCCGGAAAGCGUUCCUCACCCACGCCAUUGUUCGCUUGCCCUAUCAGGCGCCGUGGAUGGCCGACUGUCUGGAGCUGCUGUUACAGGAGGUGACGUCCAUCCCGCGUGCGACCGAGGAUGUGCACCUUUACACCCCGCCUCCUCCGCCCCCAUCGGCGGACAGUCAAGAUGCCCUGGAAAAGACGACCUCUGGCGGGCGCACCAGCGGCGGCAGUGGAGCAAAGGCCUCCAAUGCCGGAGGGGGUGGUCGCUUGGGCAGUAGCAGCCGCAAAGCGAAAGGGGGCGUGAAGCCGGCCACCGGCACAGCGGCGAAGAUGUCGAGCCGAGUCGGCGUCUCGACCUCGCCGGAGCCUGUCGCACCGCUUCCAACGCACCGCUUCGACGCACCGCUGCAGCUGAUAAGCCCUCCCGGACUGAGUGGCUUCGAGGUGACCGACGGCAAGGAGCGGGUGUGGUGCGUAGAGGGCACCGUGCCAGAGGUGCAUCACGUCCUCACCCGGCUUACGGCGUUUCUGGAGACACACCAGUACGCCCACGUCGCAGCGGCGAUGCUCUUCAACGCGGAGCUUUUUGUGCCGGGGCGUGCAUAUUUGUCGUUCCCUGCGUUGGUCACGCCGCCACCCGGGCUCAGCUCAACGACAACGGCUGCGGGCAGCCCGCACAGCUCCGCUGUUGGGGCGGUGGCGCUGGAGGUGGAGCCAAGCGGGACGGGCGGUCGAUUUCACCGCAUCCGCCUUCGCACCCCGCUCGAGGCGCUGCGCCAGACGCAGACCCACUACCUACGCCACAUCCUCUCCGACGAGUGUCUUGGCUGUCUCCACUGCCUCUCCGCGCUGCUGCGGGCCACGACGAUGCGGGAGGUGGAGGUGCGGGGCUGGCUGCCCUCCGCGGCGCUCCUCAUCUCCCUGGAGCGUUCUUUUGGACAGACGCUGGAAAACGACGACUUGUACGGCGCCGCGCCGCUGCUACCCACCUCGCACGCAACGACCCCGACGACCCAGGCCGGCCGGCUGACAGACGCAAGUGAAAUCCCGCUCCCCCUUUCCGGUUCUUCUGUCAUGGACGGCGUGCUGGUGGGGAAGCUCGUGUUCUUUGACGGCACGAUCAAAACGGGCAAGGGCCCUCGCCGUCCGAUCCCGCCGGCGGUUCGCCAACGCUUCCCCGUCGUGGUGUGGAUGGUCGUGACGGAGACGGAGGAGGAAAUCCUCUGCGCCUUUUCCCACAGCGCCCCCACAGGACUAGUGCAGUACCACGUAGAAGGGCAGGUGGUGCAGACGGCCGGCGUGAUGCUGCUGUACGUGCUGAAGUGUGUGUGCCUGGCGCGGAGCUUUACGCACAGUCACAACGAGGAGUACGACCAGCUGUUGCGGGAGCGGCAACACGCGCAGCAUGCGAACUUCGUGCGACGGAGGAUGCUGUGGCCGGUAGGAGCCGGGGCGAGUGGCACGCCGGCAAAAUCGGAUGGUCAAGACUCCGAGCGCCGUCUGCAGCACAGUCAGCGGACGGAUAAAACAGCAGCAGCGGCAACGACGAGGUCUGGCGGACAUGCGCAGAGGACGUCAACUUCGAGCAGCGAUGACGGGGCAGAUGGCGGCAACUGGCUGGCAUCCGACUUCUAUGACCACCUGGAACCGUCUCCGUCGUCGCGCGACGCUCCUUCUUUUCCCGCGACGAAGACAAAAGAUCGACGCAGCGGGGAUUCGGCUAAGAGCGGCGCAGAGGGGCGCCCGCACGCGCGUGACUUGGCAGCGGCACACAAGGCGAUCAUGGAGGACGAGCGCGCCAUCACCGCGGACACCCUCCCCAGCCUCACCCCCACCCCCACCUCCGCCACCCCCACCUCUGGAUCCCCCGUAGGCGGUGAGAGGCUGCCGCCGCUGCACCGCUGA